AUGCCCGCAAUGCUCGACGACCCCACAUCUCCCCCAAUCAAGCGCACAACCCCAAUCCCCUCCUUCACCCCCACCCCCGUCACCCUCCGCGACGGCACCACUCGCGCCACCAUCCUCCCCUUCACCUCGCUCUCGCAGGUUCCCCCCUCCCUUCUCUCCUUCCUCUGCAACCAACUCGCCCUCGAAAUCGCCGCUGGCGACACCUACCCAAUGCUCGACCCUUUACCUCUUGAGGCCUUUGGCCCUUAUUGGUUCAGUACUUUUGCCGCCGUCAUGGUGCUCGGCGAGGGAUUGAGUGUGGAGAGCGUAACGCAGAUGGGGGAGGCAUGGGAAGAGCGAUGCUUGGGGAGUUUUUAUGUAAAAGCUAAUUAUCCGGGGAGGAGCAGCCAUGUUUGUAAUGGCGGGUUUUUGGUGAAUUCUGCGAAGAGGAAUUUGGGGGUUGGGAAGGCGUUGGGGAGAGCGUAUUUGGAGUGGGCGCCUAGACUGGGAUUCACGUAUUCGGUGUUUAAUCUGGUGUACGAGACGAAUGUUGCGUCGUGCAGGAUUUGGGAUUCGUUGGGGUUUGAGAGGAUUGGACGGGUGAAGAAGUGUGCGGUUUUGAAGAGUUUUCCGGGGAGGAAGGUGGAUGCGAUUGUUUAUGGGUAUGAUUUUGAGGAGAAUGAAGAUAAGAAGAUGGUAUAA